UACAGUAUAUCACAUGUCAAAACUACGACAUCGUUCCCGGUCUUUUGCGUUUGCGUAUAACCUGAAUUACUUAGUAACCUUAUUGUUGUUUUCAUAUUUUUUUAAUUUUACUUUAGAUAGUUUUAGAUAGCUUAUUGUUGUUUUAUCCGUAAUAAUAUAAUGAAAAAAAUAUCUCAAAUAUAAUCAUAUUUUUUAUCGAUGAAUCUAGAUUAUAAAAGAAAUUAACAAUGAGCUAUCAAAUACGACGUUUAAUUCACAAAGAGAUUUUCAAAUAUGCUGACAUUCCUGAAAAAAUAUUUUCAUGGCAUAUGUGCCUUGAACGUAACACAAAUAACAGAUUUACAUUUGAAUUUCCUAUAAAAACAAACGCUUAUAAUUUUGAGAAUCAUAUACACAAAGUUAUUAAUAAGAAAUGGGAUAUUCCACUGAAAAAUUUUAAAUUGAAGAAAAAAGAUAACAAUAACAUUGCUUCAAUCGAUAUUGAAAGAGAUUUCUUUAUUAAAGCAAUAUUACAGAGCAAUUCAUUCAAAAUUGUUGCUCCAUCUCUGCCAUACAAUACCAAGAAAAUUGUUGUUGAGUUUAGUUCACCAAAUAUCGCAAAACCUUUUCAUGUUGGCCAUUUACGCUCAACAAUCAUAGGAAAUUUCAUUUCGAAUAUUAAUAAAUUUUUUAAUAACAAUAUUAUCAAGUUAAAUUACUUAGGUGAUUGGGGCACUAAUAUAGGUUUAAUUAUAUUGGGUAUGAAUUUAGUUAAUAAACCUGAUGAAAUUAUUAAAAAUAAUCCAAUAGAAGAACUAUACAAUGCUUACGUUUACGCUAACAAACUAGCUGAAACUGACGACCAAAUUUUGGAUCAAGCGAGGGAAAUUUUUCGUCAAUUAGAAAAUGGAAAUGAUGGUUAUUUUAAUCAAUGGCAACAUUUUAAAGAAUAUACUGUCAACGAGUUGGAAAAAACUUACAAUCGUAUUGGUGUAGAAUUUAGUGAAUAUAACUGGGAAUCUUCAUAUAACCGUACUAAUAUUGACCCCGUACUAAAACUUAUGGCUGAUUCUAAGAUUCUUACAACAGAUUCAAAAGGUAGAAAAGUUGUAUCUCUUAAUGAUAGACUUAUUCCAAUAAUGAAAAGUGACGGUUCAACCUUAUAUAUAGUUAGAGAUGUUGCUGCUGCUAUUGAACGUGCCAAUAAGUAUAGUUUUGAUGAUAUGUACUAUGUCGUUGAUUCAUCACAGCAUAAUCAUUUUACAAGCUUAAAAAGUAUUUUUACCAAAUUAAAUAUGAGUUUGGCAAAUAAUAUACAUCAUAUACAAUUUGGUAAAAUAAUAGGAAUGAGUACUAGAAAAGGUACUGCUGUAUUUUUAAAUAAUUUUUUGGAUGAAGCUUAUGAGGUCGUUAAAAAAAAACAACAACUGCUAAACACCACGAAAGCUAACCCUGAUUCAAAUGAUCAAAGCACUGACAUACUAGGAAUAUCGGCUAUAAUUAUUAAUGACCUGAAACAAAGGCGUCUUCGAGAUUAUAAUUUUGACUGGGAUACAUCAUUAGAUAUGAAAGGAGAAACAGGAAUAAAGUUGCAGUACACGCAUUGUCGACUAGCCAAUUUAAAAGAUAAUUGUUGUGAAGUAACUGUACCAGAUAAAUGCGACCCGUCUUUAUUAAAAGAACCAAUUGUCGACGAACUAAUUAGAAUUAUUGCCCAAUUUGAUGAAGCAGUCAUCGCUUCUUACCAAACGCUAGAAGCAUGUUAUCUUGUAAAAUAUCUGUUUAACUUAAGCCAUGCAGUAAACAGAACACUGGAACAAUUAAGAGUAAAAGAUCAACCAAAAGAUAUAGCUUCACAACGGCUUCUACUUUAUGAAGUUUCAAAAAAUAUUCUCAACACAGGAAUGAAACUAUUAGGAUUAAGGCCAUUAAAUAAAAUGUAAGAAUACUAAUUUUUCAACAAAACUUUUCCUACUCAUAAUUUUUUUUCUCUAUGUAGCUGUUUAUUACGAUAAAAUAGCUAUGUAUACAUAUUGAUAGUACAAAACUUUAAAAAAAUAACUUAUACUAUUGAUAUUAACUGUCUAAUUCAUAGUAGACUAUUCAUUAGUAGCAACAAAUGCUGAAUAGUAGAGAUCUCUACUAUUUAUAUUUAAAUAUAUCUGAUUUUACACGUUUAUGUAUGCUAUAAAAAUUUUGUUGAAGUUAA